AUGGAUGAACAGCGUCCUCCUCCACCACCUGUUCGUGUUGAUAGUAUAAAUAGUUCAACAUCAAGUUUAGGUAUGAAACCAUUACCAAAAGUUCCUGAUGAUGAUGGAAAGAAAAAAAAGACUAAUAAAGAUUGGACAAAGAAAGAUCCGUCUAAAUUAAUUAUAUCAAGACCAACAAAUUUUAAUCAUCCAAUUCAUGUCACAUAUAAUCCAUUGACAGGAGAAUUUGAUGGCAUGCCUGAAUUAUGGUCAUCAUUGUUACAAAAUUCUAAAAUAACAAAACAAGAACAAAAACAAAAUCCACAAGCUGUCAUUGAUGCACUUGAUUUUUAUCAAGCACAACAUAAUAAACGAGAAUCAAAGUUCAUGUAUUCAUCUUACAAAAACUUAACUCCACCAACAUCCGGUUAUAUAGCUGAUAAAAUUAGACAAACUGUCAUACUCGUUGAGUCAAAAACGUCGAGUUUGGAUGAUUCAACUAGAAGUAUUUCUCGCUCACAAACAGAAGAUGACGACUUACCACCACCGAUAACCGCUCGACCUGAGAAAACAAAAAGCAUUUAUACACGACCAGUAUACGAAGAAAAUGUUAGUCAAAAACAACAACCACCUGCUAAUUCAACGGGUGUUAUGAGAACAACAACGAAUAAUGGAACAACAGCAGCUGAGAAAGGAAAACGAAAACAAUUGACAGAUGAAGAAAUUUUUACAAAAUUACGAACAAUAGUUUCACUUGGAAAUCCACAUACAAAAUAUCAAAAAACAGAGAAAAUUGGACAAGGGGCGAGUGGUACAGUGUAUAUAGCCAUUGAAUUAUCAACUGGUGAAGAAGUGGCUAUUAAACAAAUGAAUUUAGCUAGUCAACCGAAAAAAGAACUGAUUAUCAACGAAAUAAUGGUUAUGAAACUUAAUAAGCAUCCAAACAUAGUCAAUUAUAAAGAUAGUUACCUUGUCGGAGAAGAACUAUGGGUUGUAAUGGAAUAUUUACCUGGUGGUUCGUUAACAGAUGUUGUGACAGAGACAAUUAUGGAGGAAGGACAUAUUGCAGCUGUUUGUCGAGAAGUAUUGCAAGCAUUAGAAUUUUUACAUAAAAAUCAAGUGAUUCAUCGAGAUAUUAAAAGCGACAACAUUUUGUUGGGAAUGGAGGGGAAUGUCAAAUUGACUGAUUUUGGGUUUUGUGCUCAAAUUACACCUGAUCAAACUAAACGUCAAACAAUGGUUGGCACACCCUAUUGGAUGGCACCUGAAGUUGUUACUAGAAAACAAUAUGGACCAAAAGUUGAUAUAUGGAGUUUGGGAAUUAUGGCUAUUGAAAUGAUUGAAGGCGAGCCACCGUAUUUAAAUGAGUCUCCAUUAAGAGCAUUAUAUCUCAUAGCAACAAAUGGAAAACCAGAUAUUGUUGGUCGUGAAAAGUUAUCGUCCCUAUUCGAAGAUUUUCUUGAUCAAUGUUUAGAAGUUGAUGUUGAUAAACGUGCAAUGGCAUCACAAUUAUUACAAUUUGACCAAAUAAAUACGGAAUAUCGAUUGAAAGUGUUACAAUGUCAUCCUGAUAAAAAUCAGAGUGAUCCAGAAGCAUUGAAACGAUUUCAGUUGUUGUUAGAAGCAAAAGAAACUUUAUGUGAUCCUGAUAUGCGAAAAAAAUAUGAUAAAUGGCGUAAUAGUCAUGUGUGUAUGCCAUGGAAAACAUUUUUACACAUGUCCGAACAUAGUCAACAGAUUGGAUUAAAAAAGCGAUUAGCUACAGAAAUAACGAUUGUAAAAAUAACAACAACAUCCGAUUUUAUUUUCGGUAAACGUUGA